CCCGACGCCAACGUCUUAACCGGGAUCGAGCGGCCGCCCACGAUUCACUUCUAAACGACUACUUUAAUAAUCCGUGUGUUUAUACACCGGAGGAUUUUAGUAAUCGUUUUCGGAUGAGUCGUCCUCUGUUCUUACGCAUACUCGCCGAUGUUGAACGCGAGGUUCCUUGGUUCAACCAACGGUUUGAUGCGAGAGGCCGACGCGGGUUUAGUAGCGUCCAAAAGUGCACCGCCGCGCUCCGUCAGUUGGCGUACGGGACGGCGUCCGAUAUGUUCGGCGAAUACUUAAAGAUGUCUGCUCGGAGCAUCAGCCAUGAAGGUGAGUUCCAUCAAGAAGAUGAACAAUUGAGAAGGAGUGAUCGUUUCGGUUUUAGGUUUAGAGCUUCAAACUCAGCAACGAAUUUGGGAAUGAGUACGAGAAGAUGGAGGAAGGCUACAGCCAAAACAAAAGAAGAAGAAGAGCAAGAAGAAGAAGAAGACAGCAGCAGCAGCUUAGCUAGUGGUAGCUUUUCGAGCCAACACGGAUGCAAAAUGUCGGUCACUUUACACACGAAUCUUGGCGAUAUCAAGUGCGAAAUCUUCUGCGAUGAGGUUCCCAGGACUGCAGAGAAUUUUCUGGCUCUAUGUGCCAGUGGGUAUUACGACGGGACCAUAUUUCACCGGAACAUCAAAGGUUUUAUGAUUCAAGGUGGAGAUCCUACUGGCACAGGCAAAGGAGGAGUGAGCAUAUGGGGCAAAAAGUUCAACGACGAGAUAAGAGAGUCUCUCAAGCACAAUGCUAGAGGAAUUUUGGCGAUGGCUAAUAGCGGGCCAAAUUCUAAUGGGAGUCAGUUCUUUAUUACCUACGCAAAACAGCCUCAUCUGAAUGGAUUGUACACCAUCUUUGGCAAAGUGAUCCAUGGCUUUGAAGUCCUCGAUGUGAUGGAAAAGACUGUAGUAGGAGCUGGGGACCGACCUGUUGCGGAGAUCCGAAUCAGUCGAGUGACAAUCCAUGCUAAUCCUCUUGCUGGUUAAGGCUUUCAUGAUUCAACUUCGGACAUUUCGUGGCGUACAAUUUUAACAAUAUAGAUUGUGUAGUAAGUUAUGAAGAAUAAAUAAUAGCAGCAUCUUGAUGUCUUGAAUUCUGAAACUUACGUACAACACUAGCAGCCUCAAAUCCCACAAGGCCCUCUUCUGAUAUGGCCAUAUGGGUCUUACAUUUGAUAAUUUUCUCAUGUACGGAGUACUCUAGAAUUUAACAAGAUCACUCCUACUGUGCAAUUG